AUGACAAAACCGCGCACACGUCGUCAGUCUCGUCGACAUUCCGCCUAUUUCGACCCGGCAGAGGACGAUUCUUCCCCGCCGCCGACUGCAACGGGAAACAUUUCCAUCAACGAUAUGGCUGCAAUGAUGUCCACGUGGCAACGCAACCAAGAGGAAACAUUUGAGAAACUUCUGCACACAGUUCUCAAUCACUCGCAGCGGUCAUCGCCCCCGCCCGCUCAACCUGCACAUGGAAACUUCGCCGCGUGCAAGGCUCGCUACAGCGGAGCGCCGGACGAAUCACUUGACGGAUUUAUAGACGCCGUAGAGGCCUACAAAGAAUGUGCAAAUGUAAGCGAAACUAAUGCACUACGUGGGCUGUCAAUGUUGUUAACUCAUGAAGCCGCGACAUGGUGGCAAGGAGUUAAGUCCACCAUAAACAAGUGGGACCACGCCCUCACAUCCCUAAGAGGUGCGUUUGGUGAUAGCCGACCUCCACAUCGAAUAUACAAGGAGCUAUUCGCCAACCCACAACAAGCUAGUGAGAAAACAGAACUCUUCAUCUCUAAAACUCGAGCGCUACUAUCACGCCUGCCAAAGGACGAUCUGACAACCAAAGUACAGAUGGACAUGGUGUACGGACUACUACAUAGUAAAAUACGCGAGCGUUUGAGAAGAGAGGAAAUUGAUACAUUCGACACACUCCUCAGAAAGUCUAGAGAGAUAGAAGAAUCUUACGACGUGAGUCUAUCAACUAGUGGCCUUCAGAACAAACUGCGCCAGCGCCAGUUUCCGCCACCUUCUCGUCACGCCGCAAGCAUCGCCGCCGCCCAGAGGUCAACGACCGCGCCGCCACUACCACCGCAGAGCGCCCCCAAGGCGCCUGCGCCCGCCGCUGAGUCCAGCGCCCACGGCACCUACCGCCGUUCUCCUCGCUGCUCCGUGGUGUCGCCCUCACCGUCGUUUUUCUACAACCGCAUGGGUCUUCUACUCCGUUCGCAAACGCCAGACGUCGAUAUUGUUUCUAUUGCAAAAACUAUGGACAUACACGUGAUGAGUGUCGUAGGU